GUGGGUCCAGUGACGGUGAGUGCUCUUGUGGAGAUGGUGUUAUUAAGUGUACGCCGCAUGGAUGUGAUGAAUGAACACGGUGUGCAGGCUUUACAUCUGCAGGGAUUAGAACGUAUGCAAUUUAAUGCCGCGAAGAAGGCACAACGAGAGGAGAUAUUACGACAACGCCGUAUUGAACAACAAGGCGUGGAAGGAAUUCCCGUUGAGCGAUUGUUACUACAUUUAAAGGAGAGUACAGCUAUGUAUGCAAAGGGUACACAGUUAUUAGAUGGGGAAUCUACACUAGCAGUGAUGCUGCGUGCGGCUUUCUUUUCUUUAUUGGAGAGUUAU